AUGCCACAGCAAUGUCGUGACUCAACGGAUUGUCAUGAAAAUGGCCAUUGUGUGGUAGUCGACGAUAACGGCUACGUUUGCGAGUGUUUGCCUGGAUACCGCGGUGAUGGAAUUCGACAGUGUGUCAUCAAUGUAACCCAACGGAUCCGGCAGGGUGCCAUCAAAACGCCGAAUGUGUCUACGGAGAAACUGAGCGUGCAUACGUCUGCAAGUGCGUGCGAGGGUUCACUGGAGACGGAGUUCGAUGCGUUCCUCACGCUCAACCUCAGACUUGCCGUGAGGAGCCACGCCUCUGUCACGCCAAUGCUCAAUGUGUCUUCAAUCACGAGGCGAACACGUUCGCAUGCGUGUGCAAACCAGGAUCUGUUGGCGACGGAACCCAUCGAUGUGAUCCUCAGGAGACUCCACGCUGUACCGGCUGCUCCAUCCAUGCUCACUGCAGUCAGUCCCACACCAACGGUGGAUGGCAAUGCAAAUGCAAUGCUGGGUAUCAAGGAAAUGGACACAUAUGCACAUCAUGUCUUGACGACCGUUCGCUUCUGUGAUCCACAUUCGGAAUGUGUUCCAACGAGAAGGAGGACUCUACCUGAUUCCGACUCGCGUGAUGACGUUUUGCUUGUGUCUCGAGGUAUGGCGAUAUUCCAUCGAGGUAUCAAUCCGGAAGUGCCAGGAAAACAACUGGUCGUUAUCCCUCAUCAUAUCGCUGUCGGGUUGGACUAUGAUUGUCAAGACGCUCGAUUCGUUUGGAGUGACAUUUCCGGUCACUCAAUCAAGUCUGCCUCGCUAAAUGGUACCGAUAUGAAGUCCUACUACAAAAAGGAUCUCAACAGUCCGGAAGGUAUUGCUGUCGACUGGUCAUCAAGGUAUAGUAGGCAUUUCAUUCCACCAUGCCCAGGUCUCCUGAGCUGUUUCCCAAGAAGUUUCCUUAUUUCCAGAAAUGUCUACUAUGCCGAUUCGCUGAACGAUGAGAUUGGAGUGGCGUCACUUGAUGGCAAAUACCAAAAAGCGCUCAUCACAGAAGGCCUUGUGAACCCAAGAGCACUGGCUCUCGAUCUCAACAACAAGCAUUUAUACUACACUGAUUGGCAUCGUGAAAACCCCUUAAUUGGACGAGUUGAUAUGGAUGGAAGGAACAAUCGAGUAUUUCUCAAUGACGAUAUUCAUUUACCAAAUGGUAUUACCAUUCUCCCGAACCGACGUGAACUCUGUUGGGUGGAUGCUGGAAACCACAGAUUGUCUUGUAUUGGCCUCGAUGGUAAUAAUCGACGAGUUGUCUAUGCACCACUACAGUAUCCAUUUGGAUUGACGCACAACAAUGAACAAAAGUUCUACUGGACUGACUGGAAAGAGUAA